UCGCCUGUGGGAGCUUUUUGGUUACAGGUGUAGUGUGGGCAGAAACAUCUCCCUAUGACGCUCACAACAUUUAGUAUUAGGAAGAAAAGGGGGAAAAGGCGCCAGUCAAACGGGAGCGCAGUCGUAGUGCACGCUCGGACCGUGAUUUUUGUUGUUAUUUGUAGGUGUUGGGAAAAGAUCCGAUGGGUUGGCGUUCUUUUCGUGGGAGUGAAACGGCUGAGGAUAGCCUGUGUGGGGAGACGAGGAUUGAUUUGUUUCACCUUAGUAGGAAGUGAGUGUUGUGUCCGGGAAGGGGAGGGACUCCCGACGACAAGUCUGAGGCGCUGCUGUGCUCCACGCUGGGGCUGCACCAGUGCAAUGUUUUAAUCCUAAACUCGAUCCCCCGCUUGUUUGCUUUGCGUAAGAGUCACGCUACGACGCAUCGCGCUUUUUUUCUCCCCCUCUGUUUUUUUGUUUUUUUUUUUAUUUUUGGUCUAAAAGCUCGUUUGGCUCGGCUCAGCCUGGCCCGGGCCUGGCCUGCACGCCGUGCGUGUGCAGAGGGGAGGCUUGUGGUGCAGGCUAAUGGCACCUGAUCGACCUAAUCACAGGCACGAGCACGCGUCAAGUUUGGUCGUGAACUUUGUCACAUUUCGGAAUCAUGUCCAGGGCGCUGUUGGCGAGAAACGGCAGGAGAGCACUACCGCUAAUCUACGGGGGGCGCAGAGGCACCGACACACUUUCAGGAGUUCAUCUGGCUGCGAGGCGGUUCAUCGUAGAUAUGUCCUACUCGGCGCACUUCAUGGAUUUUAAAGGAUCCUCCAUAGCGAGCAGUAUGAAAAAGCUGGUAGUCACCAAGCUCAGCCCGAAUUUCAGAGAGGCCGUUUCUACGCAAACCGUGGCCGUUCCGACACCCGGAGACGCGGACUUGCUGGUCAGAAAUCGUUUUGUGGGAAUCAACGCCUCAGACAUUAAUUACUCAGCGGGCCGUUACGACCCUUCGGUGAAGCCUCCCUUUGAUGCAGGUUUUGAGGGCAUUGGGGAGGUUGUCGGCCUUGGCCUUAGCGCGAGCUCCCGCUACACCGUCGGGGAUACUGUGGCCUACUUUGGCAGUGGCGCGUUUGCCGAGUACACGGUGGUCCCAGCCAAGGAAGCUGUGCCUGUUCCUGCGGUGAAGCCAGAGUUCCUCACCCUUUUGGUCAGCGGCGCCACGGCUUAUAUUGCCUUAAAACGUCUGGGCGACCUGGCUAAAGGUGAGACUGUCCUGGUCACGGCGGCCGCAGGAGGAACGGGACAGUUCGCUGUGCAGUUUGCCAAGCAGGCUGGUUGCCAUGUCAUUGGGACCUGCUCGACCAACGAGAAAGCCGGUUUCCUCAAAUCCAUCGGCUGCGACAGGCCGAUCAACUACACCGCUGAAGACUUGGCUAAGACCCUGAGGAAAGAGUAUCCACAAGGCAUAGACGUGGUCUAUGAGUCAGUCGGAGGGAGCGUCUUAGAGCUCGCAGUAAACAGUCUGACCAAUAAAGGCCGGCUGAUAGUGAUUGGCUUCAUCUCAGGGUACCAGAGCGCUUCAGGGAUCCCACCUUUCAAAGGAGGAACGCUACCAGUCAAGCUACUCCAGAAGUCGGCCAGCAUUCGGGGUUUCUUCUUGCCCCACUUCUUAGGUGACUACAGGGAGGCUCUGAGUAGCAUGAUUCAGAUGUUUGCCAAAGGGAAGCUAGUGUGUGAGGUGGAUUGCGGUGAUUUGGCAGAGGAGGGGAAAUUUGUAGGCUUGGAUGCGGUUUUCCGGGCAGUGGACUACAUGUAUGCAGGGAGAAACCUGGGCAAAGUCGUGGUGGAAGUGGCACCACCAUCUGUUAGUAAUAGCAAGCUGUGAUUUAACUGAUUGUAGAUGCACUUAAGAAAUCAUACUUAAAAUUAAAAUGAUUCAAUCAGUAAUAUAUAUAUAUAUAUAUAUGUAUAGUUUAAUGAAGGAUUUUUAACCACAGAAAAGCUCUUUAUUUUUGUAAAAUGACUGAUGAUACAGCCCAGUAACUAAAAAUAAUGUCAUGAAUAAACAUACAGCAACUUUGGAAAGU